AUGCCCGCUGCUACUACCAAGACUGCGAUGGCCGGCACUAAGAGGAAGCUGGCUCCAUCCAAGGAUGUUUAUGUGAAAGAUAGCAAGAAAGCCAAGGUCGGGUCCAAUUCCAAGUCCGCUUUGAAGCAGGAUAAGAGGAAGUCAACCGCCAAACCGGUGGUAAAGGUCAAGGAAUUGAGCGUUUCUGAUUCCGAUGACUCGGAGUCGGAGGGAGGAGCGCCUCUAGAGAGCAAUCAAACCGAUGGCGACGAGGAAGGUAGCGAUUUAGAUGACAGUCCUAAUGCUAUUGAGGGCCUACACCCCGAAAGAGCGAAAGCCGCUGCCACAAACAGCCAAUCGUCAAAAGAAGCUCAUCAAAAGCAAAAGCUGUUGGUCAACCAAAGGAAAGCGGCGAAGCCAAUGGCCGAUGAACUGGCUCGAACAAAACAACUUUGGGAACGAUUACGCCGGAAGUCUCACGUCCCAGCAGAGGAGAGAAAGAAGCUAGUCGCUGAAUUGUUCGAUAUUAUCACAGGAAGGAUCAAGGAUUUCGUCUUGAAACAUGAUAGUGUCCGAGUGGUGCAAACUGCACUAAAAUACUCCACUCCAGCACAGAAGAGAAUGAUCGCAAACGAGCUCGCAGGGACAUAUCGCCAACUAGCCGAGAGCAAAUAUGCCAAGUUCUUGAUCGGGAAAUUAUUGGUUCAAGGAGAUGCAGAGAUCAGAGACUUGAUCGUGCCGGAAUUCUUUGGACAUGUGCGUCGUCUUAUCAGACACCCGGAAGCUUCUUGGAUCCUGGACGAUAUCUACCGUGGGGUAGCUACCAAACAGCAAAAGGCGGUUAUACUACGGGAAUGGUAUGGAGCUGAGUUUGCUCUCUUCAAGGAGGAUAAGCCCGAGACUGCAGAGCUUUCUGAAAUCCUGGCUGUGGAUCCGGGCAAACGUGCUCCCAUAAUGAGCUCAUUAUUUGAGCUAAUCAAUCAUCUAGUUCAGAAGAAGUUAACAGGGUUUACUCUACUGCACGAUGCAAUGCUGCAAUACUUUUUAAACGCCAAACCCGGAACUGAGGAAGUCACCGACUAUAUUGAGCUGAUCAAAGGAGACGAAGAGGGCGAUUUAUUGAAGAACUUGGCUUUCACGAGAUCUGGAUCACGGCUAGUCUCUCUGGUUUUGGCACAUGGGACAGCAAAGGAUCGAAAGCAUAUCCUCAAGACCUAUAAGGACACCAUGCAGAUGAUGGCUGGCGACGCCAAUGGUCAUAUCAUCAUCCUGACAGUGUACGAUGUUAUCGAUGAUACCGUCUUAACCUCGAAGUCCGUAUUCCCAGAGCUCUUAUCCAAGGAUGCCGACCAACAAAUCGAGAAUAUCUCUCUCGCCGCAAAUGAUCUUAACGCUCGCCUACCAUUGCUCUACCUCUUCGAAGGCCGAUCUAGGGCACUAUUCCCACCUAGUCACUCGGCAGAUCUUGAGAUAUUAUCGGAACUCGACACAAUUCGCAAAACCACCAGCAAAAAGGAUCCGGAAAUCCGACGCUCCGAACUAGUGAAAGCAAUCUCUCCAUAUCUCCUCAAGCCCAUCGAAACAGCAGCAGCAGAUCUAGUAGCGUCACCCUUUGGCUGCCAAUUCAUCACCGCUGUCUUACUCGGCGCCGAAGGCGAGAAAUCCGCUGCCUUGCAAGCCAUCGCAGAAACAGCCAGCGGAGACCCGACAUUCAUUCAACCUCCACCAGAAGAACAAGAGGAACAAGAAGGACAAGAAGCCUCGGAUGCCGAACCACCUGCAUCUCACGUAUCUGCCACCGCGUCCGGCGGAAGAAUGCUUAAGUCCCUGAUUGCAGGCGGCCGCUUCGACAGCAAAACCAAAACUAUCAUCCCUACCAUCCCAGCGCUUAACUUCGCUGAUAUCCUAUACCCACACAUCAAAGAUCAUAUCAUUGAUUGGGCGACUGGCCCGUCUUCCUUCGUAGUUGUUGCGCUUACUGAAUCUGAUAAUUUCUCGAAGAAGGAUGAACUGUUGAAGGUUUUGAAAGCUAGUAAGAAGAAGUUGGAGAAGUCAGCAAAGGAGGAAACGGAUGAGCAGAAAUCGAGGAGGGAAGCGGCGCAGAAGGCACUGGAGGGGGGUGAGGGUAAAUUGAAGGCGAAGAAGGCGAAGAAAGCAAAGGGGGGCAAGGAGAGGGAGGUGGGAAAUAAGGGGGCAGCGAUUUUGUUGCAGAAGUUGUGA